CAAGCACACGUGCCACUCUUCCUCUCGAUACUAGCUCUCUUCAUCUCUCCUCCACUCAUCUCCUCUCUCCUCCUCCUCUCUGAACAUGGAAGCACAUCAGUGAAGAGUGGAUUGUUCCUCCUGAUUUCUCCCGUCAUCUCCUCUGCACUUUAGUCUGUGUGUUUGGGCGUCUGUUCCUGGCUGGGGAUGCUUGUGUAUGUGACAGCACUUUUGGGGGCAACACUAGGUACCGUGUCUGGAGUGCUGACACUGUGUGGUCUCUCCCUGCUUUGCAAGAUAUUUAAGAAGGGGAAAAUUGAGAGAGGAGAAGAGACAGACCCAGAGAAAUCCAAACCCAGCAUUCUGCACACUCUCACACAGUUUAGUGUCCAGAAAUUGACAGAACCCAUCCAGCCUCAAGCAUCUUUGAAGUUCCCUAAAAUCUACCGACCCAAAUCUUCAGUCACUUCUCAAGAGGUAAUAAACUACAAAGAUCAUGGACCUGCCAACGACACAUCUGCUGCUGAGCUCGACACCUGUAACCAGGCAACGGGAUGUGAGGAUGUCUUCUCCCUCCCGUGGCAAGAUACUGCAGAUGAGACACACUGCAAUUCUGAACAAUCCAGUGGAAUGACGAAAAGAAGCUCCAUCCUAUAUCCCAAACUGCACUUCUCCAUCAGCAUGCACAAAGAGAGUGGAGAACUACACAUCGUCAUUAUAGAGGCGGAGAAUAUAUCAGUGGAUAUAUCAGCAGGAUGUGAGGGCUUUAUCUCAGGGUGUGUGAGUGUUUCUGAUGAGCAGAAGCAUGCCCAGACUGCAGUGCACAAGCUGGCAGCACGAGUGGAGUGGGGAGAGGAGCUGGUGUUUUCCUUGCCCGUGGAGGGCAUCGAUGGCCUGGAUGGAGAGGUGGGGCUCUCUCUUCACUGCUGUGAUCGAUUCUUCCAGAAUUCUACUCUGGGUAUUAUGCGCUUUAAGUUGGCAGAUGUAAGCAUGAUGUUGGAUGCUGACUGCUGGGUUGAUUUACAGCCACCCAAACAGGAAGUGACAUCAUCAUCUGGGGAGCUACUGUUGUCACUCAGUUAUCUACCAGCAGCCAAUAGACUUGGAGUGGUGGUAAUGAAGGCAAGAGGACUUCAGUCCGACAAACUAAAAGACAACAUAGAUCUAUCGGUAAAACUGACCCUGAAACAUCAAAAUGCCAAGCUGAAGAAGAAGCAAACACGGCAAGUGAAUCACAAGAGGAAUCCAGUCUGGAACGAGAUGAUAAUGUUGGAGCUGCCCAGCGAGCUUCUGGCUAAAUCCAGUAUAGAGUUGGAGGUACUGAAUCUGGCCAGUCCUGGGACCCUGCUCCCCCUGGGCCGCAGUAUGCUGGGGCUCCACACCUCCGGCAUGGUCCUGCAACACUGGAAACAGAAGCUAGAUAAUCCACGCAAGCAAAUUGCCAUGUGGCAUCCUCUAUACAUCUAAGAAAACAGUUUAAUAUUCUCAAACACACUCCCACAAAUGGUUAAAUAUGUGGCUGUUUUUUUUAUAGUGCUCUUGCCAUGUGUAAAAAUAUGUAGUACUAAAAUAAAUAAAUGUUUAAGUAGAUACAAUAUAAUGAGUGAACCCAGUUGGUAUCACCUUGUAAUAUGUAAUUUACUUCUCUACAGGGGUUACGGUAAAUCUAAUGGAGGCAGUCACUACAGUUCUAAUAUUAUUACACAGUAAUUUAGAGUUUUGUAAUGUAAGCAGUGCUGCUUUUUUGGUUCCUAUGGUGUUGUUUAUAGUGCAUGUUUAAAAUACUCAAUGCUAUUUUUAACUGGUCGGAGUUGGAGCCAUCCUCAUCUACCAGUACCCAGUCAAUAUGUGGCAUCAUAGUGAUUGACGGCUGGAAGAGGCAGCGUUGAUAUUGUGAUUGGCUCAUAUCUGAUUGAGAGUAAUGCUUGGGUGGAUCAGAUUGGGGAAAUGUCAAACCAUUGUAUCCUGACAGGUUUGUCAAAAACUAUGUCCCUCAUAACUCUUCAAUUAGCAAUCACAACAAAUUUUAGGUGAAAACAAUCUCUGCUGGUUGACGCCCUUAUAUGAUCCACAGGUAUUUUGGACAGUAUCAGAAAGGGUCCAUUUCACAGUACAAUCUUUCUUAUUCAACUGAUAUAUAACUGAUUAUAAUAUCCAGCAGUAUAGUGCAAUUCAAUUUCUCAGAAUGUUUCAAACACAGAACCUGAUGUAUCUAAGUCAGUCUAAUGCGGGCAAGAAAGUAGAACAUUCAUGCAUAAUUCAUUAAGCUGUAUUUGGCAUGUCUCAUUAUCAGCUUAGCGACAAAUAAAGCAAUAGUUCCCAAUGAACACCACCAUUUACAGGAAUUGGAAAAAUGGAGUCCUGCAAACGAUUGAAUAAAUAUACAGGGUCUUAAAAAAAAUUAUAGGAUGCAGGUUCAGUACAAAGAGAUGACUUGUUCCCAGAAAGUUACCUUCUGUGUGAUCAGGGUUGGGAGGGAUACUUUUGAAAUGUAUUCCAGUACAGAUUACAGAAUACAUGCUGUAAAAUGUAAUUUGUAACGUAUUAUGUUAGAUUACUCAAGGUCAGUGAAGUAAUCUAAACACUAUGGAUUACUUCUUCAGCACUGGUAGAUUUUUCACUUGUUUUGACUAUAAAAACUCUGCCAGUACAGUAAGACUAAAUACACAUGUUAAAAAUACAUUCUCUGAAAAACCUAAAUAUCUUAUGCAGUGUUGUUUCUAAAACAAGAUCAAUCAAACUGAUCUUGGACAUUU